GGGUGAACAUCGAUCAGCCACCACCUGAACACGAUCUCUCCGCUCUCUGCUUCGGCUUCUUUGAUUUCUCUUCUUGUUCAAUCGCUUGGACACGCAGAGAUGCUGUCAGCAGCGAGGUCGAGGGCUGCUCUAGCCCUGCGAGCCAAUUCGGCCAAUGCUCUCAUACCCCUACGAGCAGGCCCGUCUGCGUUUCUGUCCACCUCUGCGCCGAACCAUGCCACCGCACAGGUGUCGAAGCCUCCAGCUGAUGUCUCAGGCAAUCCCGGAACUCCUGUCCCAGCGAAGAAGGUCAGAGGCGAGGUGCCAUUACCGAGUCAAGAGGGCAAGAAGGGUUUUGCCCAAUACGCACUAACGACCCUCGACCAGAUCGCUAACUGGGCCCGACAAGGCUCGCUUUGGCCCAUGACGUUCGGUCUUGCCUGCUGCGCCGUAGAAAUGAUGCAUUUGUCGACGCCGCGCUACGAUCAGGACAGAUUGGGAAUCAUUUUCCGUGCUUCUCCUCGUCAAUCGGACGUCAUGAUUGUUGCGGGCACGCUCACCAACAAGAUGGCGCCUGCCCUGCGACAGGUGUACGACCAAAUGCCAGAGCCGAGAUGGGUCAUUUCCAUGGGCAGCUGCGCCAACGGAGGCGGCUACUACCAUUACAGCUACUCGGUGACGAGGGGGUGUGACAGGAUCGUGCCGGUGGAUAUCUACGUGCCCGGCUGCCCGCCAACGAGCGAGGCACUUAUGUAUGGCAUUUUUCAGCUGCAGAAGAAGAUGAGACACACCAAGAUUACGCGGAUGUGGUACAGAAAGUAGAAUGCAUCAUUGAGUACGGGGCGUGGCUGUCUCAAGAAGCCUAGCAUUUGCAGUGGAAGAGCAGAUACUAGUUCCUAUGUAUAUAUUCAAGCAUGUCCGACAUACAAUAUGGGUGACCUUGCUGGGUCUCUGCUGUCUUCAACGUGCGCCAAGACAAAUUUCCCUGUGCAAUGUCGGUAUGCAAAUGUCCAUUCCACAUCGUCCAAGGCUAUUGAUGCUGUGAAAACCAUUUAAAGGCCCCGACUUGUUUUGAAGAUUUGCUCACAGUGAGACCUUGUUUUGACGGUCGCCAUCUCUAGCUUCCGAAGAAAAUUCAGGCUGGAUGCAUGCCUUGGCUCCUUGUUCGGAGCGGCGUUCCCAAGGCUCCGUGGGAAUUC